AUGGAAGAGAAUUCUGCCGUGAAGAUGCCUCCAUUUAAUUUUGGAGACCCUCAACUUUGGUUUAUAAUGGCAGAGGCAACAUUUCAGCUUGCAGUUCCGAAACCGAUAACUGCCAGUGCAACUAAGUACAACUAUUGUGUAGCUAACCUUUCUCCUGAAGCAGCAGCUAUAGUUCGCGAUGUCAUAACUUGUCCUGACAAAGACGAUCCUUACAAGCAAUUGAAAGAGGAACUUAUAAAAAGAUGCGGUGAAUCGAAAUCUCAAGAAAUUAGAUGUCUUCUUGCUGGCGAACAGUUAGGUGACCGAAAGCCGACUGAUUUACUACGAGUAAUGCAAAGGCGUGCCAAAAAUCAUCAAAUUUCGGAUACUCUUCUUCUGGAGUUAUUUUCACAACUGCCCAAAACCGUCCAGUCCAUACUUCUAGCAAUUAGUCCUCUAAAUGCCACUAAAGCUGCGGAAAUUGCGGAUAGAAUCAUGGAAGUUACGCCACCCGAGGCAAGCAACAUUUCAAACUCUAAUUCCUGUGCAAAUGUAAAUAAUACCUCUCAGUCAGAACUUUUUGAAGAAAUUAAAGCACUUCGCGAAGAAUUUGCUUCUUUGCGCCGAUCAAGAAGUGCCAGUCGCAGACCGAGAAAUAAUUCUCGUAAACGAACUGACUUUCGCGAUAGAAAAUGA